GUCAGCUGUCGAGGCGUUGAUUAACACUGGUCUGAAGGCGCAGAUAAAAAUACAAAAUAAUUGUUUUCAUUGUGAGUUGCCAGCAAUUAAGACAAUAUGUCGCUGACUCCCUUUUUGCGCCUGCCCCUAACCGAUCUGACCGGCUGCCUGAUUAACCACCAGACCUACGACAAAUGCGGUAAAUUUGAGAUGAAGAUGAUGGAGUGUUUUGAGGCGUAUGGGUUGGAGCGUGGAAAACGGGAGUGUGCCGACCUGAUCUCCGACUUCCAGGAAUGCGUAGGCAUGCAGAAGCAACUGAUGCGUUUCCAUGCCAUGCGAAACGAGCGCUACAAGCAGUGGCUCAAGGGAGAACGCAAGGGCGAGGAAUUCUUUGCCGAACCCCCGCGCGUUGACGCCUAUUAAACGGGAUCCUACAUUCUUGGGAAAUUGCAUAUUGUAUAGCCGCAAAUUGUGUAAAAUAAAGGAAACAAAACAUGA